CAUUGGAUUCGAUUGGAACAGAUUGUUGUCUUAGUCCAACUAUAUAUACACAAAGGGGCAAGUGAAACUGUAUUCGGACCACAAAAGGAUCAAAAUAAAUUCAAAGAUAAACAUAAAAAUGAAAAAUCUUCUCUUGUGGGGUUUUUGUGUUGCUAUUUUCGUUCAAUCGAGGAGUGAACAAACUGAAGAUGUUCGGAACUUAAUAUUGAAGACAAUAAAUGAACCAGCACCGAACUUUGAACCUUGUGACGAAGAUCUGAUAGAGAAGGCAACUUUCGGCGAUAUGAUUGAAAUAAAACGAGCUGGGUACUUUCAUUGGUGCGUUUUCAUUGGCGGUAACGACGGUGAAACUGUUAUUCAGUUGGAUAGUCCGGAGUUCGAUAUAUUAACGCCUAAAACGGCGUUCAACAAUCUUACAGGAAAAGUGGAAAUGCGUAAUUUGCCUGAAUUGGCCGGAAAUGAUCAUUGCCGAAUCAAUAACAAAAAACGUGAAGCGAAACGAAAAGGGUUGUCUAUUCUUUCGGAGUCAGAUACUAAAAGGAUGAUAAGAGCAGAGCUUAAACAUAGCGAUACGUACUACAAUGUUGUUAAGUAUAACUGCGAGCACUUUGCAACAAAACUCAAAUUUGGUGUUCCGUUCAGUAGUCAGAUCGAAGCUGCGAAGAAAAUUUUAACGAAAGAACAGUUCAAAGAGGCUGUGGCAAAAAUGUUUCAGGCUGUAGAUUCAGACCACUAUUCGAGCGAAGAAUCCGAAUACGAAGAAUCCGAAGACGAGGAAUCGGAAUACGAAGAAUCAGAAGACGAAGAAUCCGAAGACGGAGAAUCCGAAGGCGAAGAAUCCGAAGACGAAGAAUCCAAAUACGAAGACUCUGACUACUCGCCCCGCAAGCCUUCCAGGAAGCGCUACUAAGCAACUUUUAUAUGGCUCAGGUUCAAAAGCUCUACUUUUUACUGUCCCUAACGAAUAAUGCUUGUUCUUACUGGACAGUCCUUUUUUAAGAAAUUCGAUACGAUCGCUAUUAAAAUUCCCACAAGCAGAUA